AUGGCAUCUUCUUCUAAUCCUUUGAUAGAAACUAUCGCGAGGCAUGCUGUCCCUCCCAAUGCCAGCUUCCCCGAGGGAACGGGUGUUUACUAUAUUCCCAACUUCGUUACUGUACAUGAAGAGGAAUAUCUGAUACGCAAGAUCCAGGAAUCACCAACGCAAAGCUGGAAGCAGCUGAAAAAUCGGAGGCAAGCUUUAUUUUACAUAAAAGAUAUCACGCCCAAGAAUGUGCUUCUCGCUCGAGAGUUACCUGCUUUUGUCACGUCCUAUCCCGAUGUCAUUUCUCGACUGAAAGCGACUGAGGCGUUCGAAAGCUCUCCUCAUGGCCAGCCAAACCACAUCAUCAUGAAUGAGUAUUGCCCAGGGCAGGGGAUCAUGCCCCACGAGGAUGGUCCUGCAUACCACCCCGUCGUAGCUACAAUAUCACUCGGCGGCCAUGCUGUCUUCCACUACUUUCGCUACGCGCCGGAGGGCGAGGGCGAUGCUGAAGAUGCCAUAGGCGCCAAGGAGUCGUCGACUACAAAUCAUGGCCGUCGCAUCGAUCCCAAGCCGGUCCUCACUGUCCUCCUCGAGCCUCGCAGUGUCGUGAUCACCACCGGGACGCUAUAUAAGACACAUCUGCACGGUAUCCGCGACAUCACGGAGGACGCCUUCAUGUCGGCCACCCUCGACAGCGGCCCUCGUCUUCCUGACCUCGACGUCCAGCUUGACAACUGGGACCUUCUGGCCGACAAAGAACUUAGAAAAGCCAUCAGCGAAGGCAAAACAAUCCCUCGCACGACUCGAUAUAGCUUAACCUGCCGCGACGUCGCUCGCGUCUCCAAUGCCAGCAAGUUGUUGGGCGGCAUGGGCAAGCGGUAA